AUGGCGAAAGCCAAGAAGGCUUCCAAAAAGUCCAAAAAGGGCUCGGAUACGGCCACUAAUGACACUCCCGAUCAAGAGGACCAAACGGUCACGGUCAACGAACCCGUAACGUCGCAGCCAGAUUAUGACGAUGAGUCAUCCUCGGAGGAAUCGUCCGAGGAAGAUGAGGAUGCCGUGCUGCUGACGAACAAGGUUGAGCAAAAGAUUUUCGAGACACUCGUCAAAAUUAAGAACAAGAACCCGGAAAUAUACGCCCCAGAGGUGAAGUACUUCUCCGAUUCAGACUUCGAGGAUGAGGGCAAUGACGAGGGUGAGGCGUCUAAAAAGGCCAAGGGUCUCACGUACAAGGACAUGGUACGGGAAACCCUGCUCAAGGAAGGGGCGGAGGGCUUCGAAAAUGAAGAUGAUGAAGAGGAAGAACCACCAGAUGUGCAACAUACAAAGACGUAUCAGGAGGAGCAGGAUGACCUGAAGAAGGCAUUCCUGUCUGUCGCCAAUGAGCUAGACACGGAUGCCGACUUCUUCAAGAAAAGCAGCGCCACGGACGUGCUGCCUGAGCCGCGGUUUAACAACAGGAAGGGCGCCGCGAGAAACUUGGGGGCGGAUGCUGAGGGGCUAAUAUCCCAGUACUGGGCGGCUGAGCAGCCAAUGAACGAGGAGGAAGAGUUCCUCAAGGACUACAUCCUCAACCAGCGGUGGCGGGAGGACAAAAAGGAGAACUACGAUUACUUGAAACGCCUGAAAAUCGACAAGGAGGAUGAAAAGCAUUUGGAUAAAGCUGAGGAAUUCGAAUACAAGUACAACUACAGAUUCGAGGAAGAAGGCGGCGCAACCAUCGAGGGGCAUCCGCGCAACAUCGAGGAUUCCGUGCGCAAGGUGGACGAGCGCAGAAAGCAGAAGAGGCAGGAAAAGAAGCAGAAGAAACUUGAGGAGAAGAUACGUAGGGAGGAGGAGCUUAAGCGGCUUAAGAAUCUCAAAAAGGCCGAAAUCGCAGAACGCAUAAAGGAAAUAGAGGCCAAAGCUGGCGUGAAGCUGGAGGAAGACAUCGUGGACCUCAACGCCCCAUUCGACCCCGUGCAGCACGAGAAGGAUAUGAAGAAGAUCCUGGGAAAAGGCUACGACAAAAAGGACGACGACGACUGGAACCCGGCGCAAGACUGCGCAGACGAGGACGACGAGCUGUGGUGGCUGUGUGACCACUGCAACAAAGGCAUACCUGUGGGAGCGAAGCAUUUCGACUGCACGGAGUGCGACAACUACUCCCUCUGCGAGGCCUGCGUCCCACUUGCAAACCACGAGCACUCGCGGAUGGUCGCGAAGGUGGUGCCACCCAGCUGCGCUCCGCCCAAGGAUGCCACGAAAGCCUUAGCCGAACUAGAAGACGAAUACUACAACCUCGACUACGAAGACGUCAUUGGUGACAUGAAGGUCAGGUUCAAAUACCGGAAGGUGCAGCCAUUCAAGUGCGACCUGCAGACCAUCCUCGAAAAAAGCGACAAGGAACUGAACGCCAUCAUGCCGCUGAGCAAGCUCCUUGCGUAUGACGCGGAGCUGCCAGAAAAGGAGAUGAAGAUCGCCAAACGCAAGCUGGAAAAGAUGAGCAAGACCACAGACGCCAACGACGGCCCGGAUCUCCGAAUGACCAAGUACAACGUAAAUCGCGACAGGCUGCAGGCCUUCGGCCUGAAGGAGGGGAAGAAGGCGAAAAAGGCGAAGAAAAAGAAGGAAUGA